CCUGCUCCAUCUUCAUCCCACCAACUUUCGAAAUUAAUUCGCAUAGGCCAGUAUGACCUCUCUCAAAGCCAAGUCAUAACAAGGCAGCAACACCACCACCUCUGGUAUUUCCGCCGCGAGCAAGACCUCGCCCACCACGCAUUCCCAGUCACAAACACCUCAGAAAGCCGACGUUGCCAGGCACGAGGCGAGAUCAAAGGAGACGGUGAAACAAUACACAUAGAUGAAGGUCGGAAAACUGGAAGAGAAGAACACAAGACUCGAAGAGGCCGCCGCCAAGAAAAUCCAAGUCGAGAAGGCGGCUGAUGAAAGCCGUCCUGCGGACGCCGGUCUCAACAUGAGUAAACAGAUCAUCAGCAAGCCCCAGACAACGACAACUCCCGCGAAGUCCAUGGCCGACAACGCCCGCACACUGGACAAUAAAGAAUCCAAGCCAGCGUCUGGUACCAUCUGGGAUAAAUUUAUCACUGACGAGCCUCCAUUCCCACUCACCGAGAUCAUCGCCUUGAAGCCCUCUUCGUAUUUUGCCAAUUUCUACGCUUACUCCAGACGUAACGGCAGGGCCGGCAUGAUCAAGACGGACUUGAUCCAGGACAUUCUGAAAAACAGCUCAAAGGUCUUUUUUCAUGACGCAGAAAUGAUGUCUCUCAUUCACAUUCAGCCAAAGAUGUGCAAGGACAAGGCCACCGCAGGGAGGGAGGAGUCAGAGCAUACCCCACAACAAGGCGCAACAGACAGCGACAAGAUGACCGAGAACGAAGUCACCAGGCAGAAAUUCGAGCAAGUCUGCGAUGAGCUUCAGACCCACAUCGAUGACAUGGAGACCGAGUCGAGCGCGGAGUCAAAGAUGCAGCAGAACAGGCUCUGCAUCGGGGCACUUACAACUGUGCCAGAGAAGGCUAAAGAGCUGGGCGAACGCUCCCACGUGCAACAAGACGGCAAGGGGGCUGCGGUGGUGACUUCGCCGUCGCCAUCCACGCUAUAUUCGACCGACCGCAGGAUCAAGAAGAGGCACACGAAUAAGAACCCAUCUUCUCCCGUGAUCGAGGCCAAGAGCUUGUUGGAUGUCAACAUCGAUGAGUUUGAGUCGGCCGAGGAAAGAUCUGCGAAAAAACAUAGACGAUUCAAACAACUGUGGCAGCAGGAGUGGAAGCAGGAAGCCCGAGAGCUUGCCGACUGUGAUGAACAGGGGUCAAUGUCAUUCUCGGAGGCAGCCAAGGCGGCAGCACGGUACUACUCGUUGACCAGUGCAUACGAAAAGCCUCUUUAG